UUGCAGUACAUGCAGAACCGGGCACUGCCACUGCCAUUAGUUCGGCUACAACAUCUGGACCGUCGUUCUUUUAAUUUUUAUGGACAUUUCCGAAUCAAAGAACCAACCAACGACACCGAAAUACAGUUAAUGCUGAUUCUAAAAAUGAAUGCAACUUGGUUAUUAGCAGCGCUUUUGGCCGUGCUGAGUUGCACGGUAACGCAAGUUCUCUGUUUGUCGUUCAUGCUGCCACCAAACGUAAAGAAGUGCCUUCAGGAAGAGAUACAUAAAGACGUUCUAGUGACUGGAGACUAUAAACUGAGUGGAGCACCUGGUCACAAAACCUUGCUUCUCGUCAAAGACGAUAAAGGUCAUAUCCUGUACCAGAAAGAUGAUGCCCAGUUUGGGAAAUUUGCCUUUACAACAGAUGUAUACGCGGUGUGUGACAUCUGCUUUAUAACCAAUCUGCCACGAGGAAUGAGAGGAGCAGACCGUGAGGUAUAUCUCAAUGUCAAACGUGGUGUGGAAGCCAAGAGCUAUGAAGACAUUGCUAAAUCAGAAGCACUGAAACCGAUGGAGGUUGAGCUGCGGCGUUUGGAGGAUCUGUCAGAAGCCAUAGUCAAUGACUUUGCAUACAUGAAGGCCAGGGAAGAAGAGAUGAGAGAUACAAAUGAAUCCACCAAUACAAGAGUUCUGUAUUUCAGCAUCUUUUCCAUGGUUUGUCUGCUUAGUCUGGCGACAUGGCAAGUCUUCUAUCUCAGACGCUAUUUCAAAUCAAAGAAGCUCAUCGAGUAAUCAAUUUCCUUUGCUUUAUCCUUCAGAAUUUUGUGGAUUAACUGGUUUUUUGAGUUUUUUGAGUUUUGACAGGUAAAUUUUUUCUUCUCGGCAAUGUACAGUUUAUUCUGUCCUUUUCUUCAAUUUUAACAAUAUAAGUUAUCCCGGGAGCGCGAGUGGAACACGGAAUAAUGUAGUGCGUCUGUGUUCCACAUACCACAAAGCCGAAGGCUGAGUGGUAUUUGGGACACAGACGUACUACAUUUUCCGUGUUCCACGAGCCCGAGCGCGAUAACGAAUUUAUCUUCAAGCAAACUUGACGCACAGUAAAGAUGGAACUAGCACGCUUUACGUGAACCUUUUAGCGGUUUAACGCAUGCAGCUGAAAUGUCGCUUGCAUCUUGGAACAACGCAAUACGCAGGGUGCGAUAUGGACCUUGUUGUUGCCAUGGAUUGACCAAUCAGGAUCGAGGAUACAAGUUUGCUUGAAGAUAAAUACCAUUAUACCAACUGAACAGAUAUUAUUUCAUCAAGCACAAGUUGCGGAACUCAUAUUCUCAUUUCUUAUCCAUCAGUGUGAAAGUCAUUCAACUUGUUUACAUCAUCAUAAGUGUAGGAAAAUUUAAAAAAUCAGUUGGCUGUUUAAAAAAAAAAAAAAAAAAAGUUUAGUUCUACAUGUACACGUACAUGUAUAUAAAGUCUGUUCAUGUAAUUUAUGAUUACGUACUGUUGCUUCUUUAUUUGAUUUGAACGUCAAUGUUUUACAUUUAUGUUAUUAUGGAUGUGCAUGUACAACAUGUACAUGUUUGUAACAAUUUGUUGAAUGUCAUGUCCGUUGGUUACUUUUCAAGUCUCAAUUACAUUGUUAUUUAAGGUCCUUAUUAAGGAUGUGACUUUGCGGUUAAUUUUGUAAACAUUUAUAGCAUAAAUUUUAAGAAAUGUUUAAAUGUUUAACCAUUCACAAUAGCCGAUGCUAGUCCAUUAUAUAUCAGACUGGCAUGAUUGACAUGAUAAAUCAACAAUGAUUGACAUCAUAAAUAGCGGGCAGUCAUUGAAAAAGUAAAAACCUCUCUGUGUGUACCCUGAAUGUAAUCAAGUGCUUUGGUGCUUCUAAGGUUUUGCGAAUUAAAUAGGUUUGAAAACAUGGAUAUGUUGAACUCUAAGGAAGAUCGCAUGAAUGUGGUUUCGUUUAAACGUUUUAGAAAAUUUGUAAAUGGAUUUAGAAUUUUGUUUGUUUAAACAUUAUGGUAGCAUUGUCUUUCUUUGGUGGGUUAAAAACAACCUGUGCAGAGAUUGUGGUGCCUUGUUUUUCAAUGUCAAGCUUCUGCUGUACUUGUUGUAAACAGUUGUUUAACAAUCAAACAAAUAAGUGAAAAUGGUUGCAUGCCAGUUGUAUCCAACACAA